AUGCAUCUCACAAGCCUCGUUCUCGCACUCUCGGUCAGCUUCGCGAGUGUCUAUGGCCUCGCACAUGACCAAGUGCCGGUUCCGUCCAUCAACGCUACGGUUGCCGCGCCCAAGCGCUACAUCAUCGAGUUUGCCGAUGCGGCCAACCACCAGGCAGUUGUCAACGCCCUUUCGGCCCGUGACGGCACCCGCGUGCUGAAGACGUUCGCGUCUGAUGUCUUCUCGGGCGUGAGCGUGGAGUCGACGGUGGACAACAUUGACACGCUGCGAGCCCUCGCGUCGGCUGGCGUCUCGCGCGUCUGGUCGUCGAACCGCAUCAAGCUUGACCACACCGUCCCGACGCAGUCGUUUUCCAGCGAUGCGUCCGCCAGUAACUACUCGGUGCACAGCUGGACGGGCGUUGACAAGGUGCACGCGGCCGGCUACUUUGGCAAGGGCGCCGUUGUGGCCAUUGUCGAUACGGGCACACAGUACACACAUCCUGCACUCGGCGGCGGCUUUGGUCCUGGAUUCAAGGUUGCUGGCGGCUACGAUUUCGUCGGCAAUGGAAACUGGCCGGUUGAUGGUAGCGCCAAGCAGCCCGACAACGACCCAAUGGACCAGAUUGGCCAUGGCACCCAUGUCGCUGGCAUUGUUGCCGGAAAGAGUGAUCAAUUUGUCGGUGUUGCACCUGAUGCGACCCUUCUCUCUUUCAAGGUCUUUGGCCAGCAAGACGGGACCGACGAGGACACGCUGAUCGAGGCCUUCCUCGCUGCGUACGAGGCCGACGCCGAUAUCAUUACUUGCUCUGUUGGUGGUGCCGGGGGCUGGUCCACGGAUGCGUGGGCCACGGUCGCGUCCCGCAUCGUCGAGCAGGGUGUCAUUGUCACCAUUGCAGCUGGGAACAAUGGGUUUGAGGGACCGUUCUUCGGAAGCAAUGGCGCCGCCGGCGACUAUGUUCUGGCCGUGGCGUCGAGCGAGGCCUCCACUGUCGUCGCGCCGCCGUUUUAUGCCACGUUCAACCUCAAUGGCCUCUCCAACACAACCGAGGUCGCCUACUAUCCCGGCUUGGACGUCUUCCCUGCGUCGGUCAAGGGCUGGCCGAUUGUGCCGUUGUCGCUGAACAAGACUGUCGACGACGAUGCCUGUUCGUCGCUUCCGUCAACAACGCAAAACCUGUCGGCCGUGAUCCCUCUGGUGCGCCGUGGCGGCUGUGACUUCAUUGUCAAGCAGAUCAAUCUCGAGGAAUUUGGUGCGCAGUUCAUUCUCUUCUACCAGGACGAUGAGCCGCUGGCCUCGCCCUUUUCGUUUUUCGAUACGUCGCUCCUGGGGCUGAUUGAGAAGGCGGCCGGCGAGGCCAUCAUCGACACUGUUCUCGCCGGCGGCAAUGUGACGGCCGACUUCUCGCUUGACCCCAACAACAACUAUGUCGGCAUGUUCAACGCGGCGGGCGGGCGUCCCAACGACUUUACCAGUUUUGGCAGCACGUACGACCUGAAGCAGAAGCCCGAGGUCGCGGCUCCCGGUGGGGACAUCUUUAGCACCUACCCGACCAACGGCUAUGCGGUGCUGUCCGGCACCUCCAUGGCCACGCCGUACAUUGCCGGCAUUGCCGCGCUGUAUGUGGGUCGCUUUGGCGGACGCAAGACGCACGGCAGCGGCUUUGCCAAAGAGCUGGCCAUGCGCAUCAUUUCGUCGGGCGGCGCGCUGCCCUGGAUUGACGGCAGCACGGACGCCGACUACGGCUUCUGGGCGCCGACGACGCAGGUCGGCGCCGGGCUGGUCGACGCAAACAAGGUGCUCACCUACAACACCAGUCUGUCGUAUGCCAAGUUUGCACUCAACGACACGCACCACUUUGAGCGCUACCACAAGGUGGACAUUACCAACCACGGCGACAAGCCCGUGACGUACAAGUUCCAGCUGCAGGACGCGGGCGGCUUCGAGGCGUGGCAGCCGUUUGACGAGAACCUGUACGGCACGCCGCGGCCCAAGGUGCUCAACGAGCUGACGCCCAUCAAGAUUGCCCCCAAGGUGUCGUUUCCCGGAGGCACGUUUACCGUGAAGCCGGGCGAGACCAAGCAGGCACAGUUCAAUUUUGAUUAUCCCACCGGCUUCUCCAACAUACCCGUGUACAGCGGCAAGAUUUUGAUUCUUGGCAGCAACGGCGAACAGCUCGCUGUCCCAUACUUUGGCAUCGCUUCGAGCAUUGAAAAGGACCUGCAGAAGCAAUUUCAACAGGGCUACCCGUUUGGCGAGUCGGGUGUCGACUAUCCUUUCCCGACGUUUGACAAUCACAGCGUGUUCACCUUCGACCUGGGCACUCGCGUCCAAGACUUUCCCAAGAUUGUUGCUCGUACCCAAUGGGGUGUAAAGGAGCUUCGCUGGGAUAUCUUCGACGAUGCAUGGACCGAGCGCGACUGGAAAUACCCGCCGGUGGUCGGCCAGGAUGGCUAUGUCGGCUCGGUGGCGUACUACGCGCACUCGGGAGAGGUCAGCGUCUUCAAUCCCGGCUUUGACAACGCAAGCGACACCAUUUCGUUCCCGCUCAGCGACAUCUACCGCAGCUCCGUCGACGUCUACGACACCGAGUACUGGUGGCUGGGCGGACUGGCCAACGGCUCUCAGAUUUCCAAUGGAAACUAUACCCUCCGCUUUGCCGUUCUCGCUCCGUUUGGCAACCAAGCGCACAGCGACAAUUGGGACGUCUUGACGCACAAGUUCUCCGUUUCUAAAUAG